CCCAUCCCAGCAUCGUAGCAUAUCCCUACUGUGUCCGGCAAGAGACCCCAUCAUCCGACCGUCGCCGAUGACGACGACGACGAGGCCUUCUUUUUCAUCCUUCCUCGCGGCGAUCGCCGUCGCCGCACUACUGAGCCUCCUCCUCCUCCUCCUGCAGGCCGCCCCGGCCGCUGCCAGCGGCAGGGCGGCGAAGGCGGCGUCGUGCGACCUGAUGCAGCUGAGCCCGUGCGUGAGCGCGUUCGCCGGGGAGGCGCAGGGGGCGCCGUCGUCCGCGUGCUGCAGCAAGCUCAAGGCGCAGGGCUCCAGCUGCCUGUGCCUGUACAAGGACGACCCGAAAGUGAGGCGCAUCGUCAGCUCCAGCCGCACCAAGAGGGUUUUCAACGCGUGCAAGGUGCCCGCGCCGAACUGCUAAAGUGCUAAUCCUUUGGCCUUUUGCAUCGCCGGGCGCCAUUGACCAUUGUUCAGUGAGACGGAAACUUAGGUGGUUCUGGUCACUGCUACCAACACUUCGAGUGGCACACGUAGAUCAAGCCUGUCGUUGUACUUCUCGAGAAAUUAGCAGUAAUAAACUCAGUUGAGUGCAUAACAAUCUUGACAUGUGCUGUACAUACAGUCUACUCCACGCUACCCAAACUCCGAAGCAGUGCCGCCUUCCAUAUUGACAACAAGAACAAGUUGUUCAGAA